AUGGAUGAUCUGUUACAUAUAAAUCUUCAAGAAGUGGACUCGCUCGAAGCCACCGUGAUCAUUGACAAUGAGCUCGAUCCCUUGUCGCCCCCGGCCCCUGAUACGGUCCAGGUGACAGGGCAGAUGGGUAGCCUUAUGUUUAAGCCCGGUAAUGAAACCACGGGUCGAGGGGAUGCAAGCAGGGAGUUGCGAAUGAGUGAUAUUUGUUGCGCUGCGCAUGGCUUGUCUAUUCUGGUGACAGCAAGAAAGGGGGAUACGAAACACUCUGUUCUUUUCGAUGUCGGUCCUGAGGAAGAUGUAUGGGAACGCAAUGUAAAACGAUUGCGUCCGGAUCUUGCUUCCGUGGAGGUCAUUCAGCUGUCACAUUGGCACCGGGACCACUCAGGUGGCCUUCUGCGAGCUAUCCGUAUGAUCAAAGAUGCCAAAAAGGCUCAAGGCCGUUCCGACGAUCUCGUCAUUGACCUUCAUCCCGAUCGACCUGCUUACCGGGGUAUUGCUACCACUACCGUUGAGACGAUAGUCUCCCUCGAAGCGGAUCCUACAUUCGAGGAAAUAUCCGAUGCAGGCGCCACAGUGAAGAAGAGCAGUGAAGCUCAUACUAUCCUCGAUGACAUGUUCCUCAUCUCCGGCGAGAUUCCACGGGUAACACCGUAUGAAACCGGUCUGAGAGGCUCAGUACGGUUCGAUCCCGAGACUAAAGAUUGGUACUCCGAUGAGCAAAUCGCCGACGAGCGCUUUCUCGCCGUUCAUCUCAAGGGAAAGGGUCUCGUCGUGUUUACGGGAUGCAGUCACGGCGGCGUAGUUAACGCCGCAAAGCAUGCCAUGGAACUUGUUCCCAAAACCACUCUUCUCCAUGCCGUCGUGGGCGGCUUCCAUCUUGCCACAAGCGACGAGCUACAGGUACAGAAGACAGUCGCCGACCUCAAGCGCUUAGAUCCAGCUGUGCUGAUGCCUGGUCACUGCUCUGGCUGGCGAUCCAAAUUUGCCAUUGAGAAAGCUAUGCCAGGGACUCUUGUGCCAUGCACUGUUGGUAUUAGUAUUACUUUCUAG